AUGCACUCAGCCUUCCCUGAGAGAGACUCUCGGGAGCAAGAGGAGCCGACCACCUCCGAGAUGGCCGAGGAGACCUACUCACCCAAGGUGUUCCGCCCCAAGCACACCCGCAUCUCUGAGCUGAAGGCCGAGGCAGUGAAGAAAGACCGCAGAAAGAAGCUGACCCAGUCCAAGUUUGUGGGGGGCGCCGAGAACACCGCCCACCCCCGGGUCAUCUCUGCGCCUGAGAUGAGACAGGAAUCUGAGCAGGGCCCCUGCCGCAGACACAUGGAGGCUUCCCUGCAGGAGCUCAAAGCCAGCCCCCGCAUGGUGCCCCGUGCCGUGUACCUGCCCAACUGUGACCGCAAAGGAUUCUACAAGAGAAAGCAGUGCAAGCCUUCCCGUGGCCGCAAGCGUGGCAUCUGCUGGUGCGUGGACAAGUACGGGAUGAAGCUUCCAGGCAUGGAGUACGUCGACGGGGACUUCCAGUGUCACACUUUCGACAGCAGCAACGUUGAGUGAUGCGUCCCCUCCCCGUCCCUCCCUCGUCCUUCCCACCCCAGCCCCAACCAGCCAGCGCCUCCCUCCACCCCAGGACGCCACUCAUUCAUCUCAUGUAGGGGAAAUAUACAUAUAUCUAUAUCCAUUUGAGGAAACUGAGGACCUCGGAAUCUCUAGCAAGGGCUCAGCAUUGAAAAUGGCAACAACAGAGAUGCAAAAAGCUAAGAAGACCCCUUUUUUUCAAAUGGUUUUCUUUUUGAGGCAGGUUGAAUGAACAGAGAAAGGAAGAGAAGGGAAGAAAGUGUUUGUGCAGAUGAGCGGGAAAGGAGAGCAGAGUUAGGGACAGGAAGGGACGCACGUGAGCAAGAGGGAAAGGACACCAGGACCAGGGCUGGAUCCCCCUGUGCAUCCAGUCCUGGCCUGGGGGUGGACAGAGGUGGGGGCACUAGAGGGCGGGGCCUGAGAGGUGGCAUUGAGGACACCCUUGGAGUUUUCCCAGUUUGGACUGGCCAGGGGGAGAAAAGAAAAGACACGAUGUGCCAGUGCCAGUGCCUGUCCGGGAUCGGCCUCCUCCCCCAGCCAGCUCCCCCGCCCUUCCUCUCCUCUUACCCUGGCCAGUGUUGCCUCUCCCCCAAAUUUAUAAAAACUAAAAUGCAUUCCGUUUCUCUGCAAA